AUGCAUCAAUCCUUCACGGGCAAUAUCCGCAAGCCUCGUCAGGUUAACCUCUCUGGCCGCGCCCCCACCAACCCAUGGGCUGCCCUUCCGAAAUCGGCUCAAGCCAGUUCUUCGGCCGCAAGCAGCACAGUUGCUCAGGCUCAGGCGGAUCGUGCUAAGAGACAUCAGGAAAGAGAAAGAUUGAACGCUACAAAGACCAUUCAGAAGCUAUGGCGCGGCCACGCGAGUCGACGGGAACAGAAAUCACGAUGGAGACAGACGUGGGAUGAGAACGAACAACACAGACUGGGCUCGCCGGGUCGAGUUGAUUACCAGGCCCUCGUCGAUGCCGACGCUGCGAUCCCGGCUUAUGAGAGCUCGGCACAAGUCCUCCUCCAGUUCCGACUGUUCUUUGGAUUCCAAGAGUUUAGAAGAGGCAGGCCGAGAGAUGAUACGGAUCUCUUCAGGUUGCUUUACUUCGGCGAGGCCUUGCAUCACACUAUCGCCUCAUUGGGGUUUGAGUUGGAUGACAGCUGGGGUUACUACCUCUCUCGACUAGGACUGGUUGAGGUUCGCCACCUCAAGAGCGUCCUCGGCGAUCAUACCUACAAUGACAGAAUGUCUUACGGACCAAGAAUAUUGAAAAUGAUCACUAUGCUGAUUGAGUAUGCACCGGACGAGAUAGCCAGGGAUUGCGCAAUCUAUUUCGAUGUGAUCGAGUUAGUGUUACGCAGACAAAAAGAGGAGGUGUGGCAACGGCGCUCAAUCGAGGCGAUAGCUGCUCUUCUGAGAUCUCCUUCCGCCCGCAAGCAAUCCGUAUACACUGCCUUUGCAACAAAAUUUCUGACGAAAGAUUCGUUUUCAGGACACAGGGAGACUCUGGACGAGCUUUCUUCGUCCCUAGAUCUGCAAGAGCUGGCGCAGGCAAUUGCGAAGGAGAUUGAGGACACGGAUAGGAGCGGGACGCCUACAUUGACCACUGCCCGGCUCUUAUGGCAACUGGCUCAUCUCAUAUAUAUCCAUAACGCUCUGCAUGAAGGCUACGCUGGUCAGAGUACGUACAUCGAAGCGGUCUCAGCACUUUUGGGAGAGUGCGCAAAUGAUGUUGCGGAGAGAUUCGACCUGACCGACCAACCCAUGCUCAACACCGGUAACAAGACUGAUAACAAGAAUGCUCCCGCACCCUUGCCGGGCUUCGUGAGAGACAUGAUUUCAAAACUGCCAGAGCAGAAUAAUCUCCGAGCCAUUUUAACAGAGAUGGGGUCAUCGACAACUUCAGGAACAUCUGUUGAAGAUGCAGACUUUGAUUCUGCGAAGCGACUGGCAAAUUUCGCGGUUGCCUUGUUGAGAGCUUUUCCUCGCCGGGCGCAAGAUAUCCGAAUGUCUCUGUACCAAAGCUCCGUCAGAUCAAUCAAAAAUGCUCAUGUGUCCACCAUUCAAUACUUCUGGAGCGCCGCGCGGGCGACCGGGGUCUUCAAGAAGAUAUCCCAAGACGAUCGUAUCGUGCUCUCGUUAUUGAGAGAAGCGGCUCCAAGAACCAAUCAAAUUGGUCAAGCAUUAUUGUCCAGAAACGAGAUUGCUCGGUGGCGAGAUGAGUGGCGGCUAAUCUUGCUCUUCCUCGAGUUGUACACUUUUGUGCUCAAAUUCAUGGACGACGAUGAUUUCUUCUCCUACGACAAAUUGCGCGCGUUUGGGGCGACGGCAGGCUCGCCAACCAGUUUGUUGUCGAGAAAAGGAUCGCUGCCCUUGGAACAAGUGGCGCUGAUGACUACAUUUUUGAAGAACCUCGCUUUCACCCUGUACUGGAACGCAGCCGACUUGGUGGAGAGUAACGACCAAGACGAGGAGCUCGGUAUAUCUGCACUCUUUGGCAGUCCAGGCCGUUCCUCUGUCAAGACCACGGAAAAGAAGCAACAGACUUUGACUGGCAAUGGCGUAUCGCAUGGCUACCUCAAAGGCCUAGUCACGGGCGUUCUGCGGAUGCUGCAUGAAAGAGACUCCAGACGGUCAUUUGUACCCCCGGAUCACUGGCUGAUGACCACUCAGGUCAGCAUGGCUGGGUUCAUUCCCGCCGUCGUUGCAGAAGAGGAGAGGAGACACGAACUGGGGGAUGAGGAUGAGACAGAGGAAGAGGAAGACGAGGUCGACAGAGAAGCCGAAAUGGAUAGGUCCGUGGGCUCAUCAGCUGGCGAGGCCCUACUGAGCUCCAUGUUUGGCAUCCGGCCUUCACACGUUCCAAGAAGCAGAGCGUCACGAUUGGCGGAGCGGCUGGAAAAGCAGCGAUUGCGGGCCAGGAAGAAGAGGCAGCUCGAGGCGUUGGCACCUCGUCUUGAAAUCCUCCGCAACCUACCAUUCUUCAUUCCGUUUGAGACGAGAGUCCAGAUUUUCCGCGAAUUCGUCUUCCGAGAUCAGCUCCGCAGACGAAACGGAGUCACCGACCCCGAUACAUGGCGUAUGGUCGUGGCCUCGACCCAAGGUCGAACCGCUGACGGCAGGCCUGUUGGGGUUGACAUCCUCUCCAGGCAUCACGCUGAAAUUCGUCGUACCAGUGUCUUUGAAGACGCUUACGAGUCGUUUUACAAGCUCGGAGAAGGACUCAAAGAACCAAUACAGAUCACCUUCAUCGACCGGUUCGGCGCCCCAGAAGCCGGCAUUGAUGGGGGUGGUGUGACAAAAGAGUUUCUCAUUAGCGUGACAAGCGAAGCAUUUGAUCCCGAUUCCAAACCGGCGAUGUUCAAGGAGAACGCUCAGAGGUACCUCUAUCCGAAUCCUACGAUCUACCAAGAAACUGCAGAGCACCUGAGGCUCGCUGGCCUUAAGGGGGGCUCCCAGGAGACGGCGUUCGCAAUGGCUGAACUUCUCCACCGUUUCCAGUUCCUGGGCAGAAUAGUCGGAAAAUGUCUAUACGAGGGUAUCCUGAUUGACGUUACCUUUGCUGGCUUCUUCUUGCUGAAAUGGGCACUGACUGGUGGGACGACUGUUGGCUCGAACGAAUCCGCCUAUCGAGCAACGAUCAAUGACCUCCGAGAAUACGACGAGGAAUUGUAUCAGGGCCUCCUGAAGCUGAAGAACUAUACAGGGGACGUGGAAACUGACUUCGCGCUUGACUUUACGGUCACUGAUACUCUCACUGUAGAAGAUGAGCAGGGCAAAACGAUCCACAAGACGUCCACAAGAGAACUGCUUCCGAACGGCGCCAAUACCCCUGUCACAAACACCAACCGAUUGCUGUACAUUGACCGAAUCGUAAGGUACCGGCUACAGCAGCAGCCGAAAGCAGUCACGGACGCGUUUCUCAGAGGCCUGGGUGAGAUCAUCCAGCCCAUGUGGCUCGCCAUGUUCAACCAGAAGGAGUUGCAGAAGCUCGUCGGUGGAGACAACACUGAACUCGACAUUGCUGAUCUCCGGCGCAACACACAAUACGGAGGAGUCUACACGAUUGGCGACGACGGCCUUGAGCACGCCACGGUGCAACUAUUCUGGCAAGCGCUGCAGGAGAUGUCGGAUGAAGACAGGCGGAAAGUGCUCAAGUUCGUCACCAGCACCCCACGGGCACCGCUGCUGGGAUUCAGUCACUUGAACCCGAAGUUCAGUAUUCGUGAUUCUAGUGGGGACCAGGAACGGCUGCCGAGCACCUCGACCUGCGUGAACCUGCUCAAGUUGCCCAGGUACGGAGACCUCAAGACGAUGAAGGAAAAGCUUCUGUAUGCAGUGAACUCGGGGGCUGGAUUUGACUUGUCGUGA